AUGAGCCUCGAGUCGACGCCGUCGACGCAGCCGUCGCCGAAGCGGAAACGAGCCAACGAAGACAGCGACGCCGAGCUCGCAUACGCCUAUGAUGAAACCGCACAACCCACGCCUGAUCAAGCUGCAACUCCAGAGGACGAAGCUGCUGCAGAGGCACCACCGAAGAAACGGCGAAUCGAACGACCAAAUCGCCUCAACUACCAACUUCACCUCACCCUUCGCGGCCACAAACGCGGUGUCGCCGCGGUGAAGUUCUCGCCCGACGGAAAAUGGAUCGCAAGUUGCUCUGCCGAUGCCACCAUCAAGAUCUGGUCUGCAACCACAGGCGCAUUGUCGCAAACCCUCGAGGGCCAUCUGGCUGGCAUAUCCACAAUCGCAUGGUCGCCAGACUCCAAAGUCCUGGCAAGUGGUAGCGACGACAAAAUCAUUCGUCUCUGGGAUGUCGACACCGGACGUCCUCUACCUUCCCCACUGGUGGGUCACCACAACUAUGUCUACUCCAUUGCCUUUUCGCCCAAGGGCAACAUGCUCGUCUCGGGAUCCUACGACGAAGCAGUCUUCUUGUGGGAUGUGCGAACCAAGAGAAUCAUGAGAAGUCUGCCCGCACACUCAGAUCCAGUCAGUGGGGUGGACUUUGUGAGAGACGGAACGCUGGUGGUGAGCUGUUCUAGCGAUGGAUUGAUCAGAAUAUGGGACUCUGCGACAGGACAGUGUUUGAAGACGCUUGUCCACGAGGACAAUGCACCCGUUACCAGCGUGCGCUUUAGUCCGAACGGCAAGUUUGUGCUUGCGGCUACACUGGAUGGAUGUUUGCGAUUGUGGGAUUAUGUGGGCGGUAGGGUUGUAAAGACUUAUCAGGGACAUAAGAAUGAGGCGUUCAGUGUUGGGAGUUGUUUUGGGACUUAUUGGAUGGAUAGGGAGGCGGACAAGGACGAAGAGGAGGAGGCAGACGAGACUAAAUGGGCAUUUGCGGUCUGCGGGAGUGAAGAUGGGAAGACUUUUAUGUGGGACGUCAGUUCGAAGGAGGUGUUGCAGGUUCUGGACGGGCACGAGGGUGUGGUAUUGGGUGUGGACGUGGGAUUGGACGACCAGAGGCUUGUCACCUGCGGUGUCGAUAAGACGGUCAAGGUGUGGAUGAGGCAGCCGCUCCCGCCUGUCAUCAAUGGCAAUGGAAAUCCCGACGCCGAUGUUGAUGUACCUGCACAGGUCAACGGGACUGAUCACACCGCAAUGGAUAUUGAUGUGCCUGCACAGCUCGACGGCAACGGAGUGGCUGCCUCGCAGCAAGUGGAAGGCGCGGAAGAUGAGGAGAAGGUUGGAGGUUUGGAUGCAUAA